UUGCGCAAUCACUGCCUCGUAGCUACAAGACCGGAGCAAUCGAGGAUAGCGCUUCGGCUUUGAGGCCAUCAACAGGGCUGGCUCCGGAGGUCUUCAGAGGAGGGUUCCAAUGAUCCCUCAGCCCUACUCCGGGCCCUUGCCCGACCAUUUUCGUCUUUUUGCGGAGCCGAAAGAGAGGAAAGCCUGAAGAACGCCCGACAGCCCUCACGCCGAAUUAGAAGACAGAUCGUUCUAUUCCAAGUUGCGGCGCUCGGGACCGGGGUGCGGAGACUCCGUUCUCCCACGCCUUUUCCCUCCCCUCCCGCGGCGGAGAGCGAAAGCAAAAGCCGUGUGUGGCCCCGCCCCGCUCGCUGCGGCUGGAGGGAGCAGCGGAAGCUCGUCAGGCUGCGGGUUGGGCGACUCCAGGUCCCCGCUCCGGCUUCUCCUUCGCCCCCGCCUUCCUUCGGCGUGCGAGGAGAAUCAGUGCGGCGGAGAGCGGAGGCUCCCCCACCCCUAGGCUGGACAUGUGGGCGCUGCGCGUGUGGUGGGUGCUGCUCGGCACUUUGGGCGUCGGUUCUGCCCAGUUGACGUUUCAGAAGAUUGAGUCUGUUUCAGUGUCUGCCUGUAAUGGAACUGAAAUAGUUAUACCCUGCAUAGCAACUAAUCUAGAAAGGAAAAACACAGCAGACAUGUUUGUGAAGUGGAAAUUAGAAGGGGAGGAUUUUUUUUCUUUUGAUGGCUUUGAGCACAAAUUUCUCAGAAACAGUACUUUUCAGAGUACAAACUUACUGAAUCUGGAAAGCCUAACUUCUGGUAUUGCUUCAAUCAAGCUGUCACGAAGUGAGGCAAUUCCUGGAAACUACACGUGUGUGGUAGUGGAGUUUCAUAGAGAAGGAAAGACCGUAAUUGAACUUCUGUAUGGUUCACAAACUUGGUUUGAACCAGUGGAAAAAUUCUUCAUAAUUGCUACCGUGAUAACGGCUGCUGUUUUGUUUUUGCUACAGUUUGGUUUUGUUGCAAUAAAAUUUGACAUGAUGCUUCAUAAGAUGAUCGGCUUUGGUGUUGCCGGGCUAAUAGUCACAAUUGUUGCUGUGGUUGGUGGCAUUCUUUUAGUCCAAGAGGGAUAUAAACCAUCAAAUCAAGCUGGUCUUGGUUUAGUUGUAUUACCUGUCGUCCUUUUAGUGCCCCCUCUCUACUUUCUGUUUGGAUCAGUUUUCGAGAAACCGCCUCUCUUUGCAAUUAUUCUAGUAGCUCUGAAAGCACUUGGAUAUUUAAUUGCUGUGGCAGGUUUUGCUGUGUGUGUAUCAGCUUGUCCACCAAAACGGGCUUCUGUUAUGAUUGCAGGCGUAGGAUUGAUUGACGUUAUAGCAGCAAUUGCUUUAGUUUAUAUGAUUGUUAUUGGUACCAGCUUCAAAGAUCAUCAGCCUCCAAGGAAAGCUGUUGAGGAACCACUUAAUGAUGCGAAAGGAGUGAUGUUAGAAUGAUGCACGGGAUGCAAGUUAAAUGAAUCUGAUAACGGACAGAGAAACAAGUGGAGAGAGACUAUUGUUGAUACACCGUGGCCUUGAUGAUGCACUACUCAAAGAAAAAGAAAAUCAGGAAAUUAGUUGUUUUGCAUGUGUGGAAAAGUGCUGUAAUGACUUACAUGAGGUAACUUUAUAGUCACACGAGCUGUAGUAGAGUUUAAAAGAGCAGUGUAUGCACGUGAGUCUCCCCUCCCUUGGGGGUAGAUGAUGGAAAGAAUACAGAGGACUCCUUUCUUUUUUUUAACCCACUGUUUUGUGUCUCUUCAGUGCUGCACUUCUCAGAAUAAUGUUGAAAUGUCACUUUGCAUAAAGACCAAACUUCAUGAAGGACUACUUUCGUACAUAGCAAUGUUUGGCACAUUAGCUUCCUUCUGCUCUGGGCCAAUUUCGGUAAUAUUACAUAGCAGCUACAUCUUAUCUCCGUGGCGCAGAGUGGUAAGCGGCGGUAAUGCAGCCGAAGGUCUGCUCACGGCCGGAGUUUGAUUCCAACGGAAGGAGGAAGUCAAAACUCUGGUAAAAGGGGUCGAGGUCCACUCAGCCUUCCAUCCAUCCGUGGUCAGUAAAAUGAGUACCCGGCAUACACUGGGGAGUAAAGAAAGGCCGGGGAAGGAACUGGCAAUCCCAUCCCAUAUAUACGGUCUGCCUAGUAAACGUUGCAAGACGUCACCCUAAGAGUCGGAAACGACUCGCACUGUAAGUGUAGGGACACCUUUACCUUUACAUCUUAUAUAGAGUAGCACUCCCAGCCUUAAAAUAUGGCAGCGGUAUUGAAGGUGGAAAGCAGAAAAGUUGCUCAUGGGCCGGCAGUUCAUUUGUUCUUUUUUCUUUUUGUACAGAUAACUGUCCAGUGCUAAUUUAUUUGCUUUUCCAUUUAUAUCAGCCUUUCCCAGCUUGGUGCCCUCCAGAUGUUUAGAGUUAUAAUUCCCACCAGCCCCAACCACACAGCCAUGCUGGCUGUGGCUGAUUGGAUUUAUGGUCCAAAACAUCAGGGGGUCGCCACAUUAAUAGUGGCUGAUUUAUAUUAUGGUCAGAGCUUGGAAAAGUUACUUUUUUGAACUAAAACUCCCAUCAGCCCUAGCCAGCAUGGCACUGGAUUGGACUGAUGGGAGUUGUAGUUCAAAAAAGUAACUUUUCCAAGCUCUGAUUAUGAUACUAAUGUUUUUACUGGUAACCUGAAAAUUGGCCAACAUAUUUAGAAGAGGUUAAGCUGAGCUAGCAUUGGUAUGUUUGAAAGUUAUCUCAAGGUCACAGAACAGACGUCUAUGGGACCACUUACACAAAUCUUUGUAUUGCAUGAUAAAUGAUACUAUUUUUCUUUCUUGGUCGUACUGACUGGCCUGGUUCUCAUGGCACAUAAAGCCAAACCCUGACUUCUGGCAAACUGGGUGCCCAGGUUCCUAGGGAGAAGAUUGCAGCCGCUUUGCUCCUCCCCAUUUGUUUUGCUACUGUGGUACACUGAGUUAAACCAUGGCUUGGCUUAGCCUGUUGUCUGAACUCAGGCUUGUGGUUUAGCUCUCCCAGAAAAACGUGAGCCAUAAACCAAGAACAAACUUUGCUUACAGCCUGAAGAGAGCUAAGCCACAAGCUCAGGUUCAGUUGACAUCGUAAGCCAAGCCAUGUCUUCAUUCAGAAUGGCACAGCAGCAGUACAACCAGAGAGCAAUGAAGUGGCUGUGAUCGUCUUCCUGGGAGCUCUCAUAUUCAUGCUAAGCAAUGAUUGGGCUUGGCAUAACAUGCAAACCAGGCCAUGGUUUUCUAAAAACCAGUUUGAAACCCAAUCUAUGUUUUUGACAUUUUCUAUGGCAUAGAAACAAUAUUAGAAUAAAGAAACUAUUUAUAUAAGCUUUAUUCAUACCUAUAUAGUGUGAAUAUACGAGUGGGUAUACUACAGGGUGAACAGAUAUUAGUUAUUUAUUGAUUUAUUAAAUUUAUAUCCCGCCCUUCCUCCCAGUAGGAGCCCAGGGAGGCAAACAAAAACACUCUAAAACAUCAUAAAAACAGACCUUAAAACACAUUAAAACAACACAUCUUUAAGAACACAUUAAAACAAAACAUCUUUAUUGUUCCUAAUACAACAUUUUUAAAGAACUAUAGUAAAUUAGUCUCCUCUAAAUAAGAGCCUGAUUUCCAGCUCAUUCAGAUGAUCACAAAAGUCCCAUCCACCCACAUUGUUAGUAUUCCUUCUGUAUAUACUGUAAUUCUUUGUGUGCUUUGGUGAUCGGUAUUGUAGUCCAAGUAAUUUUCUCUUUUUUCCUAUUCUUUAUAAUCAAGGACCAAGUUCAGCUUUAGUGGCACAAAACCCAAUUUCUACACUGCUGAAUGUAGUCCAUUAAUGUUCAUGAAGCUGAGAAUCAACCGAUAACACUUAUGCUAAUUAAAUCCUGUUUCUUUUCCAUCUGCAGUUAACAGAAACAUGCAUAGAAACAGGAGUUGUUCUCUUUUAGACCAUGGGCUGCCAGCAUUCCAAAUUAAGCUACAUUUUUUAAUUGAAACUAUGAUUUCCAUGAACUUGCCUUUCAGUUACCUAUACCAGACUUAUGCAAGAGGACCCAGGGAGCUGUAUUCCUGUGUCCAUCCCAUAUUUAUAGAAACUUAAAUAUUCUGCGUAGAAUCCGUUCAUCACAUAAAAAGCCUUGCCUUCUGCCACCUUUCCACUGAGAAGAUACCCAUUUUCAAUAUAUUGCAAGAUUAACUGUAUUCUUUAAAUGUAUUGUUCUGAGCCACUAAUGUGGUAUCUCCCUUUUGUAAGUUCAGGUCAGUUUCAUGGAACGCUCUUUAUUUAUUAGAAUAAUAAAAUCAGUGGAAUUUUGCUCAGUCUCCUGAUUCCGCCCCGCCAAAAGUGUUUUAUUGUAAUCUAGUUAGAUAAUUGUUCCAUUAUACACUUCAUGCUCCCUUCCUACCUUAAAACCAAAAAAGGAAAAGAAAAGAAGGCUGAGUACUUGGCGGGGGAGUAUUCAACGCUAGUCCUACUUAGAACAGUUCUGUUGAAGUUAAUUGACAUGUCUGUCUUAGGUUCAUUAACCUCAGUGGGUCUACUGUGAGUAGGACUUAGUUGAAUACAGUCCUAUAGACUUCUUGCAUAGCUGAAGGCCUGGUGAUGCAAAAGACAAUAUCCCUAAACCCCACCCCACUCAUUAUCCCAUUGAGUCUAGCAGUUAAUGGAGAAAAAGUUGGCUUGAAAAAGAGGCCCAUUAGAGAAACCUGAUGCAGUUUGGCUCUCAUUCUUGGAAUGCUGUGCUGCCUGGGAUAUCAUAUAUUAUGUAUCAUAUGUUGACUAUCAUAUAUAUUGACAGAUAUCAUAUAUUGACUCCGAUUUUUAUUUUUUUUAUUUUUAUUUUUACACUGGUAGCAUAGUUACAUAUUUCUGCAGCAUUUUCCAAAAUGUAUUCCUAGAUCCCUGGGUACUGUGGUUUGAUCCUCCAAUAACUACCAAACAGGGUAAAAGGGCUUCAUUCUCAUGUCUACAUGGAUAAAGUAGGAUUCAGAAUUGACACCCCUUAUUACUGAGGUAGGUAUUUGAAGAUCAUGAACAUUCAUGUAAAGAUGGCAGGAUUAGGUGAUAAACUUGUACGCUGGCUUUAAUUCUUAAGGCUUGGGAUCUUGGAUCUUUUUUAAAAAUUAGGAUAUUGUGCAUGUGUUUGAGGUCCACCAUCCUGAUUGCAAUCAAAAUUCAGUGCAUCCCAUUUGUUGGUGAUCAGUCAAAGUGUUCCAUAGCAUUGUAGUAAGCUGGUUCUUUGCUGAUAUGUCUCAUUUCUGGAGCAUGCAGAAAAUGAGAAUUCAGUGGAUUCAUCCCAUGCUAUUUAUGAAUUUGAAGUCUAGUCAUGCUGUUUGCCUUGCAAAACUAUAUGAUUUUGUUUAAAACUUAUAAAAUAAAAGAGAAGUAAUGACAAUUGUAUAGCCCAAAUGGAUAAAGCUAAAUUCUUUUCUAUAAAUGAAUAUUCCUUAGUCUAAUGAAAAGACUUGGAUUCUGCAUAUGCCCUUUUGAGAAAGUUAUAGUAUGUACAAGAGGGUCAUCUGCUUUAGAUUUCUUAUGGCUGUCAUUAAGAAGAAGAGUUUGCUUUCCUAAACUAGUCCUUUGUUUCCCCUGAUGUGUAAGAAACCAAAGUGGUUAUGGCUGUUUAAUAAUUGUGAUUCAUUUUUUGUAUAAAUAUAAAGCCAAAUCUUUGUCAUUUUAUCAUUUGGAAAACCCCUCAGUCUUUUAAACAUAACAGUAUGUUUUUAUUUAUUGAACAUAGCUUUGUAAAUGAACUAUAUAAUUAAAAUAAAACUGUUUUAAUUUU